AUCAAGAAAAGGCAAUAAGGAUCAUCACAUUGAGUACGCGCCAUCCUGACGAUCAGUGUCCUGUUGGAGUUGAACGCGAAUAGUCGUGUGUUGGGCGCGCCGCCAACGUCAAACAAGAACUAUUAAUUCCAGUUACGAAAUUUGUGCGAUUCGUCAAUAAAUAAUGCCAAAACAAAACCAAACAAAGUGAAAAAAACUAAAGAAAAAGCUACAGGGAAAAUGAAAUGUUGAAACUAUGAAAUGUGCAAGAAUUUCUGUGCAAUAAAAAGGCAAAAAGUAAAGCCAACAAACACUGCGCUGGAGUUGUUUGUGUAGACCAAAGUUUUCUAACUUUUUAAGUGUUAUGUUUGAAAAAAGAAUCAGAUUUUUUAAUUAAAGUUUUUCAAGGCGAAAUGUGCAUACGUUGAGUUAUUUAACGAAAUGUUAAACGACAGUUUAUUUUAGUAGUCACAUCUUCUGGUUGUUGAAACUUGGAAUAAAAACCUGUUAUAUUUUAUUUUGUUACAAUAAUAACAAUAAUUUAAGAAUAUAUGGACUAUAAAAACAUGGAUUAUCAUUCGGACGACGAUUUCGAUUGUUCAAAUGGUGGCUACAGCGAUAGCUAUAACGGUACAAAUGGCAGUGGACAAGGACAGAUGUCGAAUCCACACGGCUUGUCGAAAGCUGAGUUGCGAAAGACGAAUAAGCCAAUUAUGGAAAAGCGCCGGCGUGCGCGCAUAAAUCACUGCCUUAACGAGCUGAAAUCGCUAAUCUUGGAAGCUAUGAAGAAAGACCCCGCCCGCCACACUAAACUUGAGAAGGCUGAUAUACUAGAGAUGACCGUUAAACAUUUGCAAUCAGUUCAGCGUCAGCAGCUGAGCAUGGCCAUCCAAACAGAUCCCACGGUGGUGCACAAAUUCAAAACGGGGUUCAUUGAGUGCGCCGAAGAGGUCAAUCGCUACAUCAACCAGUUGGACGGUGUGGAUGCUUUGGUGCGACAGCGUCUAACUACUCAUCUGAGCAGUUGCGCCAGCAAUUUGGAACAGCUCGGCUCCAUGACUAAUUUCAAUAACGGCUAUCGUGGUCAGCUCGCUAUGGGCACAAUCUCCGCGCCGGGUAAUCUUUUUGGUAACGCGUUGGCUGGCAAUCCCUUGGCAAUCUCGGGUAAUAGUGGGCCUGGUGCACUCUUUCCAACGCUGCCACAAGAUUUCAACAACAACAACAGCAGCAGCAGCAGUAGCGUCUUCGGCAGCAAUCUUGGUGUGGCAGCGCCGACUAUGCCACCCGUACAAAUGGGCGGCGUUCAGUUGAUACCGUCACGUUUGCCUUCCGGGGAAUUUGCGCUUAUUAUGCCAACGUCAGCGCAUGCGAAUGUACUAAAUAACAAUAACAGCACAAGCGCGCCUUUCGCCAACUACGCCCAUGGCAGAAUUGCCGCUGCAGUAACCUCACCCGUGGCGAGCGCAACGGCAACUACAGUCGCCACAGCGAUCACAGCGCCUACCCAGCUGCCAGCCUCUAGCGUGCCCGUCAACGAUUUCGCCGCUAAUUAUAAGCGUUUGAGCGCUUUCAGUCGACCACCAGCUGCGGCAACGCAAACGCAAGUAAACGCGCCCACACCAACCGCUGCUACGAGUGGCAAGAGUACACAACUGUGCAGUAGUUUUGGUAACGGUUUCAUAGCUGCCACGCACACGCAACAGCAGCAUCAGCAACAGCAACAGCAACAAUCACGUGCGGCACCUACACACCAAUUACACCACCAAAGCUCAACCGCAACCAACAGUCCUCCACUAAGUCCCAUCUCCUCCGUUUCCAGUCAGUGCGAGGAUUCACUUAUGCAUACCAGCUCCGUUUUCACCGGCUCUCGCCCGGCUACACCACCGCUCGAUGUGACCGGCGAUCAUCAGCACAAUUUCUCGGGUGUAUUUUCAACACCGUCCAGUGCCGAGUCAUCACUGCUGACCUGCUCAACCUCCUCACAAGCAUCUGCAGCCAACCACAGCGCGACUAAGUUUUCAACGCAUCUGCAGCAACAGCAAGUGUCUUCGACCAGCGGUAACGUCAGUGGCCACAGUUGCAAUACGAGCUCUAGCAGCAACAACAACAAUGAUUGUAGCGACAGUGGCGUCGAAAUGAAUGGUUCAUUGAAACGUCCACUAGAUGAUGACGAAGCGGACUCGAGCGAUGCGUGUGAGACACCGCCGAGCAAGAAACCAGCCCGGGAUUCAAAAACAAGUGCAGAGCCACCAGCGUCGGAGGCCGCGUUGCGCAAGCAAAAGCACAAGCUGCAGGAGCUGAAAGAAGACAACGACAAUAUGUGGCGUCCGUGGUGACACGCCGAACAACUGGGCUGGUCAACUUUGUCGGGUGCAAAGUGAGAUUUAGCUGUGGUGACUCAAGCAUUAGUGAUCCGCGAGUUGGACAAGGGGUGAGGGUUACACCUGUGUAAAUUAUUCGAAAUGGAAUAAUUAGUCAGCGUCAGGAUUAAUCGAUGGAUGUGACAAUUUUAUCUGAGAUUUUAAUCGGUGCAACAAGUAAUUUCAUUUGUUAUUGUUCACUUUUGUAAUUCUAUGUUCUAUGUUAUGUUGAGUUUUAAGUUUUAAGUUUUUCUCCCUUUGCUCUAUUUCAUAUUUUAGAAAUUUCUGUAUGUAUGUAUUAUUGUUGAAUAUACACGUACAUAUAUAUAUUUUUUUUAAAUGGAACGUUUCAUACUCGCAUUAGGUUUAAGAAAAUCUAUUUGUUAGUUGUUAAAAUACAAUUUUUGAAAAAAUAGUUUGUAAGUAUUCACUUAUGUAUGUAAGUAAUAAGUGUUCCAAAAGCUUUGGCGUAAGAGUUUGAACCUGCUUUAAUAACUCUAAUCUUACUUUUACUUAGUUCUAUGCGUAUUGAAUUUGGAAAA